CCCUACCCUGAUUACAUAGAAGUCUGUGACAUUGCAUCUCCAUCCUGAUACGCAUCACUAUUUCUUAGCUCCAUCGUCGAAAUAUUCACUAUGACAAACGGCACAGAACAUGAUGGCACUGUGGAGGAGGAAGGCAAGACGCCGACAGUAGAGGAGACAACAGUGGCAUACGAAACGGCACCAGCAGAGGAGACGACACCGGCAGAGGAGACGACACCGGCAGAGGAGACGACACCGGCAGAGGAGACGACACCGGCAGAGGAGACGAAAGGACAUCGCAAUUUUCUGCUGGAAUUUCACGAGACUCCUGAGGGUAUGACAAACGCCAUAAGGAGCCUAUUUCCGUACGUCGAACCAGGGCCGCUGCCGCGCGAACGACUGAUGGAGGAGAAUUGGCAAACCCCAGGGCAGCCAGCACUUCCAUACGUCGAAUUAGAGCCAGGUUUCAGGGCUGCAGGGGAAAAGAGUCCUUUUUUUGGGGCCUUCAUUCGAGCUUGGGAUAAGAUGAUGGCAGGUGAAGUCUAGGGCCGAGUGGUGAUCGCCUAUGCAAAUUACAACACCAGAACUAUUCUUAAUCGAAACUCCCACUAUAGGACAGAUUUUGACACAA